GCCGAAGGUAUCCGAAGUCUUGUUAUUACAAUGGCCGACAGUAAGGAUUGAGAACAGACGACGCUUACUUAUCGGUAGUUCUGUGAUAGCGCUUUAGACAUGAAAAAAAUUAAAACAUGAGUUCAGGAGAACAAGGAGCAGAAGGCGGAGCAGAAAAAGACGUGGAAUAUUAUUAUAGACCAGGGGGUCGUAGAAAUGAUGGACUCAAGGCUGCUGAUAUUGUUCAUGUUCUGCGAGAAAGAGUAGCCUACCUUUCAGGUGGUAGAGACAAAAGAGGUGGCCCAAUAUUGACUUUCCCCUCACACACGCACCCUGAGAGGUUAAAAUAUGAAGAUCUCCGCAGGCUGAUGACCUAUCUUGCAAGCGUUCCCAGUGAUGAAGUGAGAGAGAAAGGAUUCACCAUGAUCUUAGACAUGAGGGGCACCAAGUGGGACACUGUUAAACCCAUUCUAAAAGCUUUACAGGAGUGCUUCCCUGGCAAUAUAAACAUGGCUUUCAUUAUCAAGCCAGAAAAGUUUUGGGAGAAACAGAGAACCAGUCUUGGAAGUUCCAAGUAUAACUUUGAAACCAAUAUGAUCUCCUUAGACAGUCUAAACAAAGCCAUUGAACCCAGUCAGCUAACAAGGGAAUUUGAUGGCACUUUAGAAUAUGAUCAUGAACAGUGGAUACAACUAAGACUUAUGCUGGAAGAGUUUAUAUGGAAAGCCUUGGACUUGUUAGACAAGUUGGAUGAACUUGGGGAGAUUCUCACCAACCCAGAGCUGCCAGAUGAUCUCAAUGGUGCCCAAAUGGUGCUGGAAGAACACAAUCACUUGAAGAAAAGGGUGCAGAUGGCUCCUGUGGAGCAGCUGGCCAUGGAAGGGCAUCAGAUUCUGCAAAGGAUAACUGGAGAGUACAGUGGUUCCCAUGGUAGGCGGUAUGUGAUAUCAGGCAAUGCAGACUUCCAGUCAGCAGUGCCCCAGAUCUCUCAGCUCCUAGACAACCUUCAGUCUACCAAACAACACCUUAAUCAGCUGUGGAGUGUCAAGAAAAUGAGACUGGAGCAAUGUCUGCAGCUCAGAAUUUUUGAAGAGGAUGUAGAAAAGAUGUUUGAGUGGAUAAGUCACAACAGAGAUUUAUUUCUAGUCAACUACACAGAAAUUGGCACUUGCCAUCAGAUGGCCGUUGAGUUGGAAUCUGAACAUUGUCAGUUUGCUACGAGUGCAGAGAAUGUCUACGUGAAUAUCACAAGAAUUCUUGGCAUGGCCCAGCGCAUGUGUGACUCAGGUCAUUAUGCUUCCAAUACAAUCCGAAUGGAGGGCGGAAGACUAGAGAGAGAGUGGAAAAGCCUGGCAGCAGCUCUAGAAGAUAGGAGCACAGUGUUGAGGAUGUCUGUGGUGUUUCAUAAAAAAGCUGAACAGUAUCUGGCUCAAGUGAUAGUCUGGCAGAAUACUUGUGAGAGUUUAAAGAUUCCAUCGGGCAUAGAGGAGCUGGAGGAUGCCCUGCAGCAACACCAGAAUCUUAUUGAAACCAUCAGCCAGACUUAUGCUGAGGUUUGUGGUGAUGGUAAAGCUCUGCUAGACACACUGCAGACCCCAGUCACUUCCAGUAGUGCCAACUCCAUCACAGCUAAGGCAGACUACUCUGAAGCAGCAGGUCAUGUUUUAGAUGUGGUUCAUGAGGUGUUAGCUCACCAACGUCACUUGGAACAAAUAUGGCAUGGGAAGAAGGUGAAGUUGCAUCAGCGACUGGGACUAAGGCUGUUUCAACAAGAUGUGAAACAGGUGAUUGAUUGGUUGAACAACCAUGGGGAUGUUUUCCUCAAAAAGAACAUCUCCAUCGGCAAGUCUUUACAGAGAGCAAAGGCGUUACAGAAGAGCCAUGAGCACUUUGAAUCUGUGGCUAGGAACACAAUAACUAAUGCUGAGAAACUCUUGGCUGCGGCUGAUGAGCUGGCACAAACUGGGGAGUGUGAUGCCACCGAGAUAUACAGUGAGGCUCAUGAGCUAGAGCAACGGAUGCAUUCUUUCUUGACCGCUCUCCAAAGGCGGAGGGCUGUGCUGGACAAUACUGUCAUUUUCUACUCUCAUGUCCAUGAAUUGACCAAUUGGCUUGAAGACCUCCACACAGAACUACAGAGUACAGAGUUGGCAGACAGCGUGGAAGGAGCUGAACAGUUGAUAGCGCAGUUCAAUCAGCAGAGGGAGACCACAGUGGAGGCAGCCAUUAACACUGUAGGGGAAGGGGAGACACUUCUGGAACAACUCAGGAUCAUUUCAAUGGAAACGGAAAAGACUGGCCAUAGUGCAGAUUAUAAGCAUAUAGAAGGUGUUCUCAGUCAGUUGAAUGAAAGUCGUAGUCAGCUAGAAGAUCUCUGGGCUGCUAGGAAAAUGAAACUGGAUCUUUGUCUGCAGUUGCAAGUGUUUGAAAGAGAUGCCAUGGAGGUUUCCUCCCAGCUGGAGCUUCUGUCUGAAGAGUUGCAGCACAUGGAGAUGGUGACAGAUGGCAGUAAAGCUGAGCAGUUGCUACAAAUACACAAUGAAAGUGUUAUGCAUGUCCAGAACUGUACAUAUGAAGUUAUACAACGGGGCCAGGAGUUAGCUCAGGUUAUGAGUGAGAAUGAUCACGAUGCUACCAAUAGAAUUAGUGUUUUAUUAGAAUAUCUGAAUGAGAGGCAAGUGGACUUGGAAGGUUUGGCAGAACAGAAGAGACUCAGGCUACAGCAGUGUGUUCAUUUGCGCAACUUUGAAAUAGAGGCUAGACAGGUCAUAUUAUGGGUGCGCAAUGGUGAGUCUAUGCUGACUGAUAGUUUCAUGUGUCCCAACUCACUAGUGGAGGCAGAGCAGCUCAAGAAGGAACAUGAACAAUUUAUGAUUGCCAUUGAAAAAACCCAUUUUAGUGUUGUGACUGUCACCCAGAGAGCAGAGGCAAUGCUGCAGCAGCAGCACUACAAUGCUGAGCUGGUGAGGGCCAUUGCUGAGAAUGUGACCCUGGCCUGGCAACAGCUGAUGUACCAUGCAGAGGAGAGACAGAAGCUUGUCAUGGCGUCCACCAACUGGUACAAAACUGCUGAGCAGGUGUGGUCAGUGCUGGAGUCGCUGGACCGUGACUACAAGCGUGAUGAAGACUGGUGCAACGCUGAGAAGGCUGGCACCACCAACACUCAGGCCAAAGCAGCAUACCUGGUCCAGCUUAUAAACAAACACAAUGAGCAGAAGGAAGCUUUUUUAAGGGCUUGCACUCUAGCCAGAAGAACUGCUGAAACAUUCCUCAAGUAUGUGACCAGAAACUUACAUUUCCUGGGUAUGCAUAUGAAAUUUAGAAGCCCUGAACAAAGGGUGAAAGCCACAUUGACCAAAUUAUUGGGACAAGAAAACCUUGUCUUAGAAUACUGGACCAUUAAGAAAAGGAAACUUGAACAAUGCCAUCAGUUUGUUCUCUUUGAACAGAGUGCCAAGCAGGCUCUUGAGUGGAUACACGACUAUGGUGAGGCCUAUUUGGCUUCUCACACCAACCUUGGGUCUGAUAAAAACGAGACUGAGGCCCUUCUGAAAGAACAUUUCGAGUUUAGGAACAGGGCAAAGGAAACCAAAGAGAAUGUCAAGCUGCUUCUGCAGUUGGCAGAUGACUUUGUUACCAAGGGCAACAUCCAUGCCACUAGCAUCAUGGAGUGGUGCUCUAUGGUGGACAAGCGCUACAAGCUCUUCUCAUCUCGCAUGGAGAAGUACAGGGUACAGCUGCAGGCCAAGUUGGGCGUCAACACUCAGGAGCAAAGUGAGAAAGAUGAACAGAGGCAAAGUGAUUCAUCUAUAGAGGAGAAGUUGGAACACACAGGAACUGCUAAAGAAAUCACAGAAGAAAAGAGAAAGUCUGCCAGGAGGAGAGAAUUUAUAAUGGCUGAGCUAUUACAGACUGAAAGAACUUACGUGAAAGACUUAGAGACUUGUAUAUAUUAUUACAUGAAGCCAAUGUCAGAUCCGAAUGCCAAUGUUCCAUCUGGCAUACAUGGCAAGGAGCAUAUUGUGUUCAGUAACAUGGAUGAGAUCUAUGAAUUCCACAAAGAUGUGUUUCUCAAAGAACUAGAGAAGUAUGAAACAAUACCAGAGGAUGUUGGACAUUGUUUUGUGACAUGGGCUGAGAAGUUCUCUAUAUAUGUGACAUAUUGUAAAAAUAAACCAGACUCAAAUGCUUUAUUAGUGGAACAAGCAGGGACAUUCUUUGAGGAAAUGCAACGUAAGGCCAUGUUGGAUGAACGUAUUGCAUCCUAUCUUAUCAAGCCAGUCCAGAGAAUCACAAAGUAUCAGCUUCUACUGAAGGAUCUCUUAACCUGCUGUGAGGAGCAUACAGGGGAAAUAAAGGAAGCACUGGAGGUGAUGAUGAAUGUUCCCAAGAAAGCUAAUGAUGCCAUGCAUCUCAGUAUGUUGGAAGGCUUGGAAGACUCCCUUCAGGCUUAUGGGGAGGUGUUACUCCAGGACAACUUCACAGUGUGGGACCCCAAACAGCUCAUCAAGAAAGGUCGUGACAGACACUUGUUUUUGUUUGACGUCUGCCUGGUGUUCUCGAAGGAAGUCAAAGAUAGCAAUGGGAAAUCAAAAUAUAUUUUCAAAUUUAAACUUAUGAUCUCAGAAAUUAAUGUAACAGAACAUAUAGAAGGAGAUGAAACCAAAUUUGCUUUGUGGACUGGUAGAGCUCCUAUUUCAGAUUACAGAAUUAUAUUGAAAGCCUCCUCAUUAGAUACCAAGCAGCAGUGGGUGAAGAAACUGAGGGAGCUCAUACAGGAAAGAGUUAUGUAUUUGAAUGAUGCCUUGAAAGACAAACAGGCGACAAUGUUUAAACCACCACCCAAACUUUUCAACACCAGCAGAGUUAGUCGAGAAAUGGAAGGGGAAGGUGUCGAGGGAUUAUCUGCAUUAGAGAGACGUGGCUCCCUGAUGUCCAUUACCUCCAACGCCACCACUGGCACCAAUGACAGCACUGGCAGUGGAGGGCAUGCCAACAAGGGAGUUCAGGAGGUGACGAUUGUACUGGAAGACUAUACGGCCUCUAGCCCCAAAGAGGUCAGCGUCCAGCACGGGCAACAAGUGGAGAUCAUUGACGCCUCGCCCGGGCAGUUGGACUGGUGCUUGGUGCGGACGCUUCCUCCCGACGGCGCAGACAGUGCCCAGGGAUUGGUGCCCAUGUCCAUCCUCAAGCCGGUGUCCUUUUUACAGACGCCGGGGGCCAGGAACAGUAUAGAUUUGGACGAUUCCAUGUGUAACGCGGAAGGGACGUCAUCGCCGGUGAGCAAAAGGAGAAGUAGUUUUAAGAAAUGGCUGACCACUCCGGUCAGGAAGCUGAGCCACGGUAGGAUAGAGAAACAAGGAGGCAUGCUGCUGGACCCACAACGAGCCUUGCAAAGAGGAGAAAGGAAAGUCAGUAUCAAUCCACUGGGUGUCGAGAGGGAUUCCACAGCUGGGGAGAAUACACCCACAGUGGAGCAGGCCUCCAUCACACCUCAGGUCUCAGUGGUCACCCAAAAGAUGCCCCUGGACUCCACCAAUGAGGAGGAAGAGCCCAUCAUUGAGAUGCCACCACCUAUGCAGAUUCAGGACCACUCAUUCAAGCCAGAAGGGAAAGAGGUCUCCACAGAUGAUGUCACAGCCCAGUUGGUAUCUCAGCUUUCACUCAAGCCACAGGGAGAGACCAAUCAACAGAUAGACAACAUGGUCAAGAUGAGAACAGAUCCGUCCAUUGACUUAGAAAGUGGCAAUUCUUCACGAAGUGAAUUAAACCCAGGGAUGCAGGGUGUCAGCGGUGAACUGAGCCAGGCUGACGAGAUGCUGAACCCCAAAGAAAGCCAGGAGGAGGAGGAGGAAGAUAAAGGAGACAAUGAGAAUAAAGAUCUGGAGGCAGAGAAAGCAAAGUUCCUCAAAAAGAGACAAUUUGUGGUCCAGGAACUCUUUGACACAGAGAAGGAUUAUGUUAAAGAUCUAGCCACUAUUGUGGAUGGUUAUAUGACCUACAUGAGAGACAACCCACUGCCUGCUGAGAUGGAAGGCAAAGAUAAAAUUGUAUUUGGAAACAUUCACCAGAUCUAUGAUUGGCACAAAGAGACCAUGUUGUCAGAACUGGAGUCAUGUUUAACAAACCCAAACAAAGUGGCAUCUAUAUUUAUUCGUUAUGAGAGGAGGCUGUACAUGUAUGUGAAAUAUUGUGAGAACAAACCAAAGUCUGAAUAUGUUGUGUCUGAAUAUCUGGACACUUUCUUUGAGGAAGUGCGGCAGAAAUUAGGUCAUCGCUUAAUGCUGCCUGAUUAUUUAAUUAAACCAGUCCAAAGGAUUAUGAGAUAUCAACUUUUGCUCAAAGAUAUUCUCAAGUAUACUGAGAAAGCUGGUGAGGACACCACAGAUCUGAAGAAAGCCUUGACUGUCAUGUGUAUAGUUCCUAAAGCAGCCAAUGACAUGAUGCAAGUGGGACGCCUGCAAGGCUUUGAUGGUAAAAUUACUGGCCAGGGAAAAUUGUUGCUCCAGGAUACACUAAGUGUAGCAGAAGUGACCUCUGCCGGGCAGCAGAAGUUCAAGGAGAGGAGAGUUUUCCUUUUUGAACAGAUGAUUAUAUUCAGUGAGAUGAUUGAGAGAAAAAAAGGAAUGUUCUCCAAUGCGACCUACAUUUAUAAGAACAGUCUCAAUGUGAAUAAAAUGUCAUUGAUUUGCAAUGUGGAUAACGAGCCACUUCGGUUCCAAUUAAAUGAUCGCACACCUGGCUCAGAUGUACGAAUGAUUAUCCAGGCCAAUUCAGAAGAAAACAAAGAGACCUGGGUCAGACAAAUCCAGUCCAUUCUGGACAUGCAAAAAAAUUUUCUUUCAGCACUCCAGUCUCCCAUAGCAUACCAGAAGGAACUCAGUAAAGAAUUUUUUGUCUUGGACCCUGUCAAACUAUUAAAAUCAGCUCCCGAGUUCAACUCCAGUGUAGGGGAUUCAGCUCUUAGAAAAACACAAUCACACCCGAUCAACAGGGUGCACCAUCUUAGCCCCUCAAAAUCCACAUUUAAAACUGUCGGGAGCCCCAAGCUGAAAAGUGACAGGUGCAAGUCUAUACCUGGGCAGUUCCCACAGUCGUUAGUGGAAGGCGGGGGCACGGAUGGAGGUGGUGGGGACUAUGCUAAUGACAAGGCCUCUUGCCCUAAUUCCCCUCUGGAUACCAGUAGAGACUUUCUGAGAAAUCUCGUUGCUGAUGGCAGUCUGAGGAAGUUCUCUGCUCCAGCAGUGGAGCCGAACAGUGGGUCUAGCUCGCCGAAGCCUAAAAAGACCAUUUUUGAUGGCUUUCGGAACACACUAGGGCGCAAAUCUAAAAGUAAUGACAGUAGCAAAUCACAGACUGACUCACUCCCUCAGUCACCUACCACCUCCGUGGAAGCUGCUAACCUUUUCGCAUUAGACGGCGGCAACAACCUCGAGGCCGGCAUGGCCACAGUCGAGACUACAGGAGAGGCAACGUCUGCAGCAUCAGCAGCGACACCGGCGAAUGUGGUGGCAGCGACGACAACCUCACUCAGCCCCUCGACAACUUCGAGUCGGCCUGAGCUUCCAAUGACCACUGGCCGAAUACUCUUUGAUUAUCAUGCGAUCAAGGAGGAUGAGGUCACAGUGUCAAAGGGAGAGCUUAUCCAGAUCCUCAACACCAACCACCAAAAUAUGUACCUCAUACACCGACCAGCCAAUCAAAACUCCCCUGCUGCUGAAGGUUGGGUACCCAGCCAUAUCAUUGGUCCAAGAGAUGGAGAGGGAAGUCUCAAAAAAAGCAAACAGAUGUUCAAGAUCAAGAAGCCCAUGUUCCGAACACCUCAGAAAACUGAGUUUGAGUGGAAAGAGAAGAAAGACAAUGAUGGCAUGGACAGUCUGGAGAGAAAAUCAAAGUCCCUAAGUAGAGACAAUAAACCUAAAGUCAAGUUCAUUUCUGCUGAGCUUGGUUUUGAAGUGCCCCCCAUCGUUCAGCAGCCACUGACCAGCCUAACUGUCCAAGCAGGAGAUACGGCCACACUGACUUGUAAGAUUUGUGGGCGGCCUAGACCAGUGGUGACAUGGAGGUACCAGGACUCAGCUGUGUUAGGUCCUAGCAAUCGAGUGAUGAUGAUGUACAAUGAAGAGGGCCAGGCCAUUUUACAGAUUUCCAAUGUGAGUGCAGCAGAUAGUGGAGAGUAUUCCUGUGUGGCUGUCAGUGAUAUAGGAUCUAUUGUGACAAGAGCAAUGCUAACUGUGUUAGAUCGCCCUGGACCUCCAGGGCAGCCUGUGAUUAGAAACCAAGUUGGCACGGCUGUUCACCUGGAAUGGGCUCCUCCAGCCAAUGCUCAAAUGCUGCCCACUCUGGGCUCAGGCGUCCCAGUUCAGAUCCAGGGUUACACCAUAGAGUUUAGAGAAGCUGGGGCCACUAUGUGGCAGUUAGCCAUCCCCUAUGUACCCAACACAUCCCAGGUGAUUGGGGACCUGGAGCCAGGGCUGACCUACCAGUUCAGAAUCAGUGCUAACAAUGCUAUAGGCAUCAGCGAGCCUAGCAAACCUUCCCAGUACGUUGCUAUACCCAGUGAGUAUGAGCUGAGUGAGAGAGAAGAUGCUCCUGUUGUAAUGUGGAAAGCAACUUUUGAAAAUGACUUUACAGACUUGGGAGAAAUUGGAAAAGGGAGAUUUUCUGUUGUCCACUGUUGUGUCCAGAAGUGUUCAGGUCAAGAUUUGGCCUGUAAGUUCAUUACCAAGAGGCUGAUUAGGAAAGAGGCAGUGGAGACAGAGUUCAACACAUUGCAGAGUCUACAGCAUACCAACCUGGUCAAAGUGUACGACCUGUAUGAGACACCAGCUCACUACGUCAUCAUAAUGGAGCUUUUAACUCAUGGUCGACUUCUUGAACAUAUCAUCAGUAAACAUCACUUUGAUGAGCUUCAGGCAGCUGAGUAUAUGGCACAACUUUUAGAUACCUUACAGUAUUUACACAAUUGCAGGAUAGCACAUCUUGACAUUAAGCCGGAGAAUCUGAUGAUUGAAGUGUCCUCUAACACCAUGUACCUCAAACUGAUAGACUUUGGGGACGCCCGCCACAUCUACAACAACUACUACAUCCAUCCUAUGAUUGGUCACCCUGAGUUUACUAGCCCAGAGGUGGUCAGUGGCACACCUGUAGGCCUUUUCACUGAUAUCUGGAGUGUUGGAGUGUUGUUGUAUGUGUUACUGAGUGGAGUCUCACCGUUUCUUGAUGAGAGCCAGGAGGAGACCUGCUCAAACAUUGUCCGUAACGACUUCUGUUUUCCUGAUGAAUACUUUGCAGGUAUUUCCUCGGAGGCCAAAGAUUUGAUACGCUUCAUGUUGGUAGAGGAACAAAGUAAACGCCCGACUGCCCAGGCAUGUUUAGAAAGUCCUUGGAUUAAGAAAGCGUCAGUACCGCGUAGCUCGCCCAUUAGACCCAAGCCUAUCAACACAUCUCGUCUUUCUGAUUUUAUUCAGCGACGCAAGCACCAGAGUGAUGCUUUUAUUCUCAAGUCUUUGCCGUAACAGGAUGGAAAUCUUUCUUGUGGCUGUGUCUGUUUCAAUCUUCUGGAAUGUUGGCAAUAAGAACAUAACACAGAGAUGAUAUCUUCACUGAACUUUAAACCUGACAUCUUCAAUUUUAUUCAUGGCCAAAGCCACCACUUUACAGUUUCAUGUGAUUUAGACUUGAAUUUAUCUUUUGAACAUCUCUUAUACAGCUAGCAAAUUAUUUUAUUUUUUUUUGUGUGUGGCUAAAUUAAGUCUUAAGCUUUGAACUCUUCCAUUGUAAAUGUUGACCAAUUGUUACUCUCAAGACUUGAAUGACCAUCAACUGUCAAACAACUGAAUGUACUAGCUGCUUUCUCUUUGAUGUUUUGAUUUAAAGAGAAUCGCCCAGCUAGCGGGAGACGUGCUUGAUGCCUUGUCUUAGAGAAGGCUUUCAUUCGGAAUUGGCCUUUUGAGAAAUGUCUUCAAAUAAACAAGAGGAUACAAUCUAUUUAUUCAUAGUAAGUCAUGCCAAGGAACAUGCAUUUGGUUAUGAGAAAAAAUUAAGCAGCUCUUGGCACCUUGUUUCUAGGCUGGAAUGUAUGACUUCCCCAUGUGCACAAAAACUUUAAAGCAACAUACCAAAUAAGCUGAGCCAAUACUUUAUUCCUUCAAGGCAGGGUGGCUCCUUUUCUGAUAGGGCACUGAUACAAGUAGCACCCAAAGUGAACUUAUUCCUAUUUCGAUAAGGCAAUCAUUGGAAUCACUAUAAUCUAGCUAACAACUGAACAAAUUACUUUCAAUUUUGUGUGAAACUUUCCUCAGCUUUCUCUUCUUGCCCAAAGAUUAGUCUCGGGGAUGUUGUUUUCUUUCUUCAUAGAGCAACUAGGAGUAGACUACCAGAAACAUAGAGGUCUUUUAAACUGUGUAUAUUGAGAAAGGAUAUGGGUGAUUUUUUAGCAGCAAGUUUACAGACUGUCAUGUAUUCAUUAUGGAAGAAUUAUUGGAAGAUUUUUUUUGUCUCUUAAUGAAGUAUGAAGAUGUUGGUUUUUUUUAUUAUAUCUAUUUAUAUGUAUAUUUAAAAUGUAAAAAAAUGUCAUUUCAUUUCAUUUUUUAAAUAUGUUUAUUAGAGCAGUAGAUCCCAUUCCAUAAGCCAUGCCCCCAUCAAAUACAGUGGUUUCAGUAGCUUAAGUACAAAGAGCUUUUACAACGUAUUGUAGCAGCAAGCCACUUUCGUAGUAGCAAAUUGGGGUUGAUAAUUGACAGAAGUUGGGAACCACUGCAUUAGAGCUCUAGCCUGUAGACAGUUUGACCUAGUCAACUUAAACUAACAUUUCUGUCACUUCUGUGUUGACCAUUAGAGACGUUUCAUUCUUUUGAAAGAAUCUACUUUUGACUGUCAUCAGCUUUCUACGUGUUCACAUUUGAUCAGUUUGUGGUAUUGGCUGGUUGGUCAGUUUGUGGUAUUGGCUGGUUGGUCAGUUUGUGGUAUUGGCUGGUUGGUCAGUUUGUGGUAUUGGCUGGUUGGUCAGUUUGUGGUAUUGGCUGGUCGGUCAGUUUGUGGUAUUGGCUGGUUGGUCAGUUUGUGGUAUUGGCUGGUUAGUCAGUUUCUAUCUUUGGUACCAACACUUUAUAUGUGUUCAUGUUUGUAUAAGAUUGAAAUGUAUUGGUCACAAUGUUAAUACCAUAAUUCUGUCCCAUCAUUUGGAAAGAUACAAAGCUUAUGUUACCAACUGUAUGCACACACAACACAAACACAGAAAUAUUUGUUUUGUUUUCCCAAACUCAAGCAUGUAGGUCUCUAGAGUAGCCUAUGAAUUCUUAACUACUGUGCAUAUAUAGACUUCCUUUGACAAGUUCAGCUUCAAUAAGUCAGUAAAAUAGAAUUCGUCUUUAAUAUGCUGCAUGGUAGAUGAUCAAGAAUCUGAAAAGGAAAAGACAUAAAAACAUUUUCUUUUAUAAAGAAAACUGGUCUUUAUGAUAAUAUACACACACCAAGAGCUUUUAUACUCCAUAAGUGUAUAAUAUAUUUAAAAACAAGAUAUAAUUGAUUUUUAAUGAAUAGGGGAUUGUUUCAAAAGACCUUUUCUGAAUACUGGGUCCAUGUUCAUUUGAUGUGUCAUUUUAAUGUUGGAUUUUAAAGUGUCCAUCCAGAUUUGAUGCAUUUUUGAUACAUGGGUGAUUUUUGUGGGAAUUUUUGACUGUCAAUGUUUGGUUUGUAGAACUGUUUUACAUGUUUUGGAUGUUCUUUCAGAGUCGAAGAUAAUUUACUUCCUAGUCCAAACAUCCAGCAGGACGACAGGAAUGGCAGCGGGCAGGGUAUGAACCUGGGACCAUUGACAAGUCAGAAUGACAAUCCAGCGUGCAUACCACAUGACCAGGCAGCCACCCUGUACAUGUACAUACAAUCAUGUAGGUUCAACCCUAGGUGCAUUUUAUAUUACCUUCCCCAUGUAGAGCUAGAACUUGAAGGCUAGUUCACAAUUUUGUUUUGUAAAUAUUUCCCAAGUUUCCUAGGCGUUAUUUAUUUUGGUUGUCAUUGAGAUUUGAGAUGACAUGGUCAUGAUUUAUAUCACAUUUUAUUUGUAAUUUCUCUGAUAGCACACACGUGAGAGGUUUACUUGACGUUCAAUUUCGUGAAAGUAACAUGAAACAUUUCGACAGUACUUCAAUGUUUUAUUCUGUCAAGUUUAGUCCACAGCUGUGACAGCUUUUCUAUUGAUAAGCAUCAAACUUUUCUUCAGCAUUGUUUACAAAACAUCAUUUUGAAUUCCUUUAAUUACUUAUUAGAGUAUAUGUAAUAAGAAAUAAAGGAACACUGAAGAGUAACCUAAAACAAGACUUUAUUAAACUAGAUAGAACGACGCAUGAACUGACGAAAGAGACUUAGACAGUAGCACACAAAAUCAAUGUUGUGAACCCAUUCUCACGGACGUUACACAAACAUAAACAAAUAGUAACUAUUUCACCACAGUAUAUUUGGCUGUCAAGAUAACUUUUAGAUGUCUUCUUGAAUAAACUCUUCUACACAAAAUGACCACAAGACUUGAGUGGCAGCAGUGUCUUUGAUACACAAAAAAACAUGACACAAUUGUACACUUAUGGUUUAGAAAUAUAUUUGUUUUAAAGUUUGGUCCUUCACAACAGUUGGCAGUGGAACAUAAAACUAAUGCACUGUGUAGAUCAUAGAGACUACUGUUCAACCUAUGUAUACAUACUAAACCAGUUUGCUAGUGUGAACCUUUUGGUAGUAUUUCACAUGUACAUACAUAAUGUUUUGUUUGUUUGUUGAAGAAUGUGAUUCUAGUUUGUACUGAACCAGAGACCAAGGUUGUGUGUUUACUGUGGGUGUACUCUGCUGUUCAUGUUGCUUUAUAUAUUUUUGGCUAUUGUACUUAGUUGGCAGUGAUACCAAAGAUUUCUUUCAUUUUUGGGGGAAAUUAAAAACUAAUUUUAUGUAACAAGGACCAAUAAGGAAAUUAUUUUUUGCAGUGGGGGAAGAGGAUUAAUAAUCUGCACUUUAAAACUACUUUGUGCAAACAAGUGAAUGAAAAAAAAAGGUCACUAUCAAACUGAAAAAUAUAAGACUCAUAAAUAUGAAUUCCAUGCACAUUAAAAAAAUAUUAUAUCAAAAUAAUUGAGUUUGUUUUAAAAAAACAACAACUCAUUUAUUGUUAUAGAACCUUUGGAAAUUGUUAUGCAAAGAAAUCAAGAAGAUAAAAAAAUAGUUCCUAUGGUCUGAGGAGUUAAUUUCUAAUUUGCAUUCAUCUCAUUUUUUUUUCCUAAAUUAUUUUCUUCUUACUGGGUGUAAAAGGGGGGGGGGUUGAACACCCCUAUUUCCCAGUCCUCUGCAUAUGCCUGUGUGUUAUUUGGCUUCUACCUCUACAAGAUAUUGAGCCACAAAGAGGCAAGACAUGAUGGGGUUAGGAGUUAAUUAAGAGUUACAUUUGUUUCAGGGAUGUGUCAGCCUAUUAGCAUUGUUUUGAUGAGCUGCAGACUCUGGUUUGAUCACAUUUUUUUUUGUUGUUGUUGUUUCUAAGACAACAUUCUAUCACUUCAGGGUUUAUUAUUGUGUUCUUAUUCAAACUUGUUUUGUUAGUUUUGAAACUUUGAUUGACUGAUCAGUGAGGUAUAGUUGUUGAAUUUAAACAGUCAAUGAUACUGGUUGCAAGUGAUACCAGAUGUAACUUGAAGUGACUGCAUUGCUAUACAUGCUUGUAUGCCUACAUGUCUGAAGUAAAGUGUUUGUAGGUUCACAGUAUUCUUAGACUUGCAGGUCUAGAGUACACUGUUUGCAUGCCUACAUCUCAAGUACAGUGUUGGUAGUCCAUUAUCUAGACUUCACACUUUGUAGGUAAACAUUUACAGUAUACAGUAAGAUAUGUCUAGAAGUAGGCCAACAUUGUUAUCAGUCAAACAUCUAGAAUACACUGUUCACAAGCCUAGAGAAUAAGCAUCAAAAUUUGUUUCAUUUUUUAUUUAUAUUUUAUUCAUCUUUACUUGUAAACUCAGAAAACCUUUUUUUUAAAUUUAUCUAUAAGUCUACAGAAAAGUAAUAACUGUACCGGUAUUAAUAAUCUUUCUUUGACCUCCAAUCCUUACAUAAGUGACAAAUCUAUGCAGCUACAUAAGUGUAAACACAUCCACCCACUUGGUUCCACAGCAAGGAGUCUGUUGAGCUUCAGAUCUUCUGAAAGAAUUGUAACCCACCUCAGCCAGCUCCAACUGGCUGUAAUGUUAUACCAGUUGUACUUCAGUGGGUCUCAAACUGAAAUUUUACUUGCAACCCUCACAUCCACACUCUACUGGUAAUCAUUGACAUGUAUUAGUCACUUUGAUAAGAUGUUCACUGGUGAUAUUCUAGUAUUACCUCAGUUUGCUGUUUAUUUCAUUUCUCUUCAUCAGAUGUGUAUAUUGAGUCAGCCCAAGCUACCUGCGCUUCAUAGUUAAUUCAUGUCCCAUUGUUUUGUUUCUUUGAUUAUAUGAUAACAGUAGAAUGUUAAGAAAUGUUUGCAAGACUUUCACCUGUGACUGCCUCAGUGUAGAACUAGCAGUCAUUGUUUUCAUAUCAAUGGUAAUGUAUUCAACUAUUCUUGUAUAAUAACACAGGAAAUUUUGUAUGACUGUACUUUUGAUUUUCUACUAGUCUAUUAUUUGUUUUCCAAUUCAAUUUUUUGAUGUACAUUUCAAGCUCUACAUUUGAUCUAUGAUGGAACUGUUUUCUUUCAAGUUCUAACCUGAGUGCUUUUCUUAUCAACAGAACACAUUGGCAUUUCUUUUGUUUCAAACCAUAAACCCAUUUGUUUUUUUAAUCAUCAGCAUUGCCACUAGUCAUUGGACAAAUCAUUGCUAAAUAAACUUUUUCAAGACUGA